GUAUUGUUCUUAUUAUCGAGGACAGUGUAAAUACAUAUCUUAAAUGUGGAUUUAUCCAUUGAUAGAAUUUAUUAGUAGUAAUUAUAAUCACACGGUACUUCUACUAUUAGGAUUAAGAAUGAAAUAAAUAUUGAAAUAAGCAUUCCGUGGCGGCAUUUAUUUGUAGUUUAUAAAUACUUUAUAGAAUAUUAUUUUUGUACCAGUGUUACUAUAUGUAUAAAAAACAAAUGAAUUGAAUACCAACAAUAGCCACGUGCGCGUGGCGCUAUGAUCUGUGCCACAGGAUCUCGUAUUAUAGAUGGGAAUGCCGUUUUUCCUAGUGUCUGUCGGCAAGCAAGAGUGGGAUGGACUAGAACAUAUUGUGUUCGGAGGUAUAUCUAGUUUACCUAGUGAUUUGCAUAUUACGAGAUUUCUACCUUUGACGUAUGAAAAGAUGGUGACCUACUGAUAAAGAAGUUUCGUGAAAACGAAAAUCAUAGUUGCUGAAGGAUUUUUCAAGUAAUAUUAUUAAUAGUGCAAAGAACAGGCAAUGUAUUGGAAUUGGACACAUUUGAAACAAUCCAUUUCAGUUGUAUCCGAGAAAAUAAUAUAUGUACAAAAAUUAUGAAUUUGUAUAAAUUAUUUUAUUAAAUUUUCACAAUGUCCCAUUGUGAAGAAGAGGUGGCAUCAUCUGGUUUUCACCAAUUAAGCAUUACAAUUGAGGGCGCUAUCUUAAAAAGUUCAACAUUCUUAAAACCGAAUCCAUAUAUUGAAUUUUCUGUUGAUGACAAAAGCCCUAGAAAAACAGAAGUUUCAAAGUCUACAUAUCAACCGAAAUGGAAUGAAGAAUUUACAAUACUUGUAACACCAUAUUCUCAAUUACAUUUUCGUUUAUUGGAUCAUAGCACAUUUCGUAAAGAUACAUUAAUAGGAGAGAAGAAAAUAAAUCUUUCUGAAGUGUUAUCUCACUACAAUGGAAAAUUGGAAAAUAUGGAAGUUACCUUUGAUUUAAUGAGUGAAAAUAAACAUGAUUCUCAGUUAUGCAAGGUUGGAGAAUUAAUUACAGUAUUUGAUGGGUUAAGGAUCAAUAUGCCAAAUGUUUCAUCGUUAAGUGUUAACGAAUCACCAUGUCAGACACAAUGUACACCUCCUGAUGGCAUUAAAAAUAAUGAUACUGCAAGUAAUCGUAGUAUUCUUAAUGGAGGAGUUCGUGCUCGCGUGAGAUUACAUGGAGCUGAAAAUGUUGCAUCAUCUGCUUUUCGUGGAUUAUCAAAUAUUUACCAUAAUUCUAAUUAUAAUACUGGAAAUGAGCAACCUAAUACUGAUAAGAAUAGUGAACAAGUUGAACCUGUAGCAUCAAAUUCUUUAUCAAAUGGACAUGUAGUGUCACCUAUGGAUAAAUCUGUUGCUUCUUUAUCAGGGCAUCAUGCAAUGUCUUUGUUAGAUGGACGUCAAGCAUCUCGAAUAGAACAUACGCCUACACCUGGAACAGCAGAUGGAAGAAUUGCUAUAUGUGCGGAUCAAUUUUCAAAGAUUUCUGUCUCAGAAGGUCGUAAUACUUCACAAGGAGAACAGUCAACACUGUCUGGAGCAGUUGGAAUAUGCAGAUCAGAUCAAUUAGGAACAACCAAUGCAGAUAUACGCUCGCAUAAUAGAACAGAACAAUCCACAUCUAGUGGACGCAAUUCUAGAACAGAACAAUUAUUAACUACUCCUCUUUCAGAUAAUUUUGGAAGUAUAAGAUCUGAUCAACUUUCUACUCCUAUAGUAGAUGCGUGUGUAACUCCUAGGACAGAUCAACCUCCAACAGAUCAAUCUGCAACAUUCACAUUACCAGAAGGAUCUUGUGCAUCUCAUUCGGAGCAGUCUUCAGGAUUUCACGCGCCAGAUAGUCGUAGAAUGACGCGCGCAGAGCAGUCUACAUUAGUACCUAUUGCAGAAAGGCGUAGGGUUGUCCGACCAAAACAAUCAACAACAUCUGCAUCAACUACUCCUUCGAAUUCCCUAGUGGUGCAGCGUGUAGCUUCUUUAACAGGACAAACUGUGAUGGCACGUGGUCAGCCAACUGCUCAGUCUGGAUCAUCGAUAAUACUCGCUGAAGUUGAACCUUCAAAUCAUUCUGAAGAACCUUUACCUCCUGGGUGGGAAAUGAGAUACGACAUAUAUGGAAGAAGAUAUUAUGUUGACCAUAAUACACGAAGUACAUCUUGGGAAAGACCACAACCUUUGCCAUUAGGGUGGGAAGUACGUCGAGAUCCAAGGGGUAGAAUUUAUUAUGUGGAUCAUAAUACAAGAAGUACAACAUGGCAAAGACCGAAUACUGAGAGACUACAACAUUUCCAACAUUGGCAAGGUGAAAGACAACAUGUGGUACAACAAGGUAACCAACGGUUCCUUUAUCCACAAGCACAUGGAAGUCAAGCAGCUGUGCCAGGACCUUCAAUGUCUACAGUUGACGAUGAUGAUGCUCUGGGACCAUUACCUGCUGGAUGGGAAAGACGUAAACAACCAGAGGGAAGAGUUUAUUAUGUGAAUCAUAAAAAUCGUACUACUCAGUGGGAGGAUCCUAGAACUCAAGGUCAAGAAAUUGGAAUCGAUGAACCACCAUUGCCAGAUGGUUGGGAAAUAAGAUUAACCGAAGAUGGAGUUCGAUACUUUGUAGAUCAUAAUACGAAAACAACUACAUUCCAAGACCCAAGACCUGGUGCACCAAAAGGGGCAAAAGGUAUUUAUCGUGUUCCAAGAGCGUAUGAAAGAUCAUUUCGAUGGAAAUUAUCACAGUUCCGUUUUUUGUGUCAAACCAAUGCAGUGGCAAAUCAUAUUAAAAUUAAUGUUAAUCGACAAACAUUGUUUGAAGAUUCUUAUCAUCAAAUAAUGAAUGCAGAAGCUUUUGUAUUGAGGCGUAGAUUAUACAUAAUAUUUAAAGGAGAGGAAGGAUUGGAUUAUGGGGGUGUAUCCAGGGAAUGGUUUUUCUUAUUAAGCCAUGAAGUGUUAAAUCCAAUGUACUGUUUAUUUGAAUAUGCCAAUAAAAGUAAUUACAGCUUGCAAAUUAAUCCAGCAUCUUACGUCAAUCCUGACCACUUACAGUACUUUAAAUUUAUUGGGAGGUUUAUAGCAAUGGCUCUUUACCAUGGAAGAUUUAUUUAUAGUGGUUUUACUAUGCCAUUUUAUAAACGUAUGCUAAAUAAAAAGUUAGUUAUGAAAGAUAUAGAAUCUAUCGAUCCAGAAUUCUAUAAAUCUCUAGUGUGGAUAAAAGAAAAUAAUAUUGAUGAAUGUGGCCUCGAAUUAUACUACAGUGUUGAUUUCGAAAUUCUUGGUCAAGUUAUACAUCAUGAAUUGAAAGAAGGCGGCGAUAAAAUCAGAGUUAUCGAAGAUAAUAAAGAAGAGUAUAUCAGGUUAAUGACAGAAUGGAGAAUGACAAGAGGUAUAGAGGACCAAACUAAAGCUUUCUUGGAAGGUUUCAAUUCAGUUGUACCAUUAGAAUGGUUAAAAUAUUUUGAUGAACGGGAAUUAGAACUUAUGCUUUGUGGAAUGCAAGAAAUAGAUGUGGAAGACUGGCAGCGUAAUACAAUUUACAGACAUUAUACACGUCAUAGUAAACAAAUCUUAUGGUUUUGGCAGUUUGUGACAAGAACGGAUAGUGAAAAACGAGCUCGCCUUUUACAAUUUGUGACGGGCACUUGUCGAGUACCUGUUGGAGGUUUUGCAGAAUUAAUGGGGAGUAAUGGACCUCAAAGAUUUUGUAUAGAGAAAGUAGGAAAAGACACGUGGUUACCGAGAUCGCAUACAUGCUUCAAUAGAUUGGAUUUGCCACCAUAUAAAAGCUAUGAACAGUUAGUAGAAAAGUUAAAUUAUGCAAUUGAAGAAACAGAAGGUUUUGGUCAAGAAUAAUUGCAGAUAUGCUUUGUUAAAUGUAAUAAUGAAUUAUGUAUGGAACCAUCAAAACAAAUCUAGUAUGAUGAUGCAAGAUGUUUUGGUUCUUUUUAUUCUCAGUAAUAAUAUAUAUUUUUUAAGUAACAUCAAUAUAGAGUCUACAAAUACGAUAAGUGAAAUAUGUUGAAAAUAUUGUUAAUUUUCCAUAAAAUUCUUUUAAUAGUUUUAACUGGAACUGAUUUCUCUCGACUUACAGUUCAUACGUCGUAUGCAUCGCAAUUGAAAUCGGAAAAAUGAAAUUCGUAGAAAAUAUCAAUGAUUUGUAAAUUUAUACAUAUAUAACUAAUAAAAUAUUAAUAGCGUAAAAUAAAAAUAAAGAUGCCAAAAUAACUAUAAUAAAGUUAAAUUCUAUUUUUUUUUCAUUUUUACAACUUUUUGAUAUUUUAUUCGACGAACAUUAUAAAUGAUUUUUAUAAACUUCUAUUUUAACAGAAAAGAUUUUUUAAAUUUAUAUGUAUGGCUUAUUCUACCAGUAUACUUCAAUAAUAAUUUCGAUCGUUUCUGAACUUAAGAUUGAUAAAAUUAUAAUCAUUUUAAUGAAAAUAACUUAUUGAUGAUUUCUACGACGUGUUAAUGAUAUUGCCUAAGGAUGAAAAGGCUUGAACAUUUUAAUAAUAAAUAUUGUACAUAUUAAACUAUUAAUAUGCUGUAUAUUAUAUUAUAAACAAAUAACAGUUUCAUGUUUUAUCCUAGAUACUCAUAAAAUGCCCAUAUUUUUCUGUACAUAUCGCGUAUAGUAAAUAUUCACUUAAUUGUCAGUAAAUUUUCCAUGAGAUUUACAAAAGCACUUACAUGUAUUUUAUUAAUGUUCUAAAAUGUUACAUUGAAAUUGUAUUCAUGUUUGUUAUUACAGAUUUGAUUAUAAAAUAUGAUAAUUCCUUUAAUAAGUAUAACAUAAUACAUGUAAUAAAUUAAUAUCUGUGAUAUCAAACAUGUUCAAUUUUUAGGAUUGUAAACAUGGAAUCUGUUACCUUGUUUAUAAAUAAUUUUAGUGCAUGUAUGCGCACGUACAUGUACAAAUAAGUAUUGUAACUAAUGUAACAAAUACGUAAUGAAUUAAUAUAUAUAUGUAAUGUAUACAUUUAGCAUGCAUGCAAUAUAAAAUUGUAUAUGUGUAUACACAAAUUAAAUACAUGGAAUGCAUACCGCAUAGGCAACUAAAACUUAAUAUUUAAAAAAAAGUAUAAAAGAUUUAUAAUACUAUUUAAAAAAUUAAAUAAAUUUAGUGAUUCGUUUAUAUGAUGUUUAAGUACUUAUAUCACAAUGAAAACAUUAAUCUAUCAACUUAAAUGUUUUAUAUUCCACUUUAUGUUGUUAUUAUUAUAGCUAUAUAACUGUAUGCACUGCGUAUCAUUUAUUGUUUUAAUUAACAGGUAAGGUAUCGGCGUUUUUUAAGGUU